AUGGUACCUGACAAUGUUGAGUUCAGUCCAUCAGCUGUGUUCAGGGCCUCCAUCAUGGACAAUGUGACACCUGGCAGCUCCCCAGGUGAGAUACACCUGAAGGACUACAACUACCUGGCCCUGAUCCUUGGUGUCCCCCUAAUCCUGGUCAUCAUUCUGGGGAACAUCUUGGUGUGUCUGAGCGUGCUCACUGAGCGCUCCCUGAAAACCGCCACCAACUACUUCAUCAUCAGCCUGGCGGUGGCUGACCUCCUGCUGGCCGUGCUGGUCCUGCCGCUAUACGUGUACUCAGAGUUUCUGGGGGGUAUCUGGACUUUGAGCAUGUACGUCUGUGAUGCUCUGAUGACCAUGGACGUGAUGCUGUGCACUGCCUCCAUCCUCAACCUGUGUGCCAUCAGUGUAGACAGGUACAUCGCUGUGGUGGUUCCUCUGAAGUACAACAGGAACCAAUUCAGCGUCCGUCAGCUGGUGCUCAUCACAGCUACCUGGGUUCUGUCUCUUGGCGUGGCCAGUCCAGUCAUCUUUGGUCUGAACCAGGUGCCAGGUCGCAAUCCGAACGUGUGCAAACUGGAGGACGACCGUUUUGUGGUGUACUCCUCGGUCUGCUCCUUCUUCGUGCCUUGUCCCGUCAUGCUCUUCUUGUAUUAUUGGAUGUUUCGAGGCCUGCGGCGGUGGAGCGGUCGGAGUCGAUCUCAAGUGGGUCGAGCCGGUCAUCCGACUCUCUCUUUACGUCUCAGCUCGGCUCUACGGCGACCUAAAGCUAUGACGACUGGUGGACUUGAGAAGGAGGUGUACUCCACACCAACUGGCCUUAGCCCCAUGUCUCCUUCCUCCAUCUCCGUGACAAUGCCCUAUGUGACCCCCGUGAUGGAGGAGCGGCAGGAUGGAGUGAUGAUGGUGGCAGAGAGCGACCUGAUGACGACUCAGAUGGACAGCGUGUCAGAUGGGGAGGCCACAGAGAGGAGGGAUGGACUCAGCAGAGAGAACGGCCUGAUGAAGAACAGCGCUGCAAAGAGAGGAAGAAGAAAUAGCAAGAGCAGCAGAGUCAGCGGGAGGGAGCGCAAGGCCAUGAAGGUCCUCCCAGUUGUUGUCGGGGUGUUUCUGGCCUGUUGGACACCUUUCUUCGUCGUGCACGUCACCAAGGUGUUGUGUCUGUCAUGUGACAUCGGCCCAACCCUCAUCUCUGUGGUAACGUGGCUCGGCUAUGUCAACAGUGCUGUCAAUCCGAUCAUCUACACUGCCUUCAACGCUGAGUUCAGGAAUGUCUUUCACAAGUUGCUCUGCUGUCGGACAUAAAACUGCAACUGUUCUCAAACUGAGUCUCUUCAGACAGAGUCUCAGAUGUCCGCACACUGUCAUCAGACUUAGUCUCUUCAGAUCUUCCUCAGAUUGAGUCACUACAGACUAAGUGUCUUCAGACUGUCCUCAGCCUCAGUCUCUUUUUUCUAUCAUGUGUCAUGCCCUUAUCAUCUGUCAGUUAUUAAUAAAGCAGCAGCAGUCAGAUUAC